AUGGGCCUCGAACCUGCUGGCCAAGAGACGGAAUUUACAGGAAACCCGAAUGAGGUUGAUUCAAGUAGCAGUGAUCGGAACCCUCCAACCUCUACUAGGGAGCAUGAGUUACGGACGCCGGGAGUACCACCUUCUAUACCUGCUCCAGACACUACUGGUUGGGUGAUGGAUAGAGCCCGAAUACCCUUGUUAGCCAAGUCUGUGAAAGAUCAAACUACUCUGUUCCAUGGGGGUGCCGACCCUUGGGCAGCUCGUAGCUGGUUGAAGAACUUGGAGGGCACAUUUUGGUACAUGAAGUGUACAGAUGAAGAGAAGGUGGAGUUGGCUGCAUAUCAUCUUCGGGAUCAAGCCGUCACUUGGUGGGACAUGCAGAAGUCGAUCUUUGGGGAACAACGUAUCACGUGGCAGAUGUACCGGGAGGCAUUUGAGAGACAGUAUUUCCCGAUUACAUUUUGUCUAGCCCGUCGUCAGGAGUUUCUGAACCUCAAGCAAGGUGAUCAUUCCAUGAUGGAGUAUAAUGCAGAAUUCAGUAGACUGGCUGAGUUUUGUCCUCAUCUGGUGGCUCAGGAUUAUGAUCGGAUGCAUCAGUUUACUCAAGGACUUGCGGCAUACAUACAACUCAAGAUGUCAGGAUUUCCAGGUAGUUCUUAUCGGGAGGUGUUAGAUCGGGCGUUAUUCAUUGAGAUGACUCAGCAGCAAGUGAACCUGGAGAAAAGUAAUACUAAACAAGUGACACAGAAGAAGGAAAAAAGAUGCCAGAGCUCACAGGUUACCUCUGGAGGGUCCUCUCCACCUCAGAAGACAAAGCGAACCUCGGAUGGGGGUUCUCGUUCCCCUCAGCAAGAUUGGAAGAAUGAUAGUAGAGGGACCAGAUGUUUCCAGUGCGGCUCGAAAAGUCACCUCAAACCCAAUUGUCCAUUGGACCACUCGAUAUGCUUUUAUUGUAAGCUUCCGGGCCAUGAGAGUCGGGAUUGUACUCUGAAGGCUUAG